AUGCGAACUUCUUUCCCCUCACCAUCACCCCAACCUCGUGACAGUCCAGGUUCGACUACACCUCUUAGAAUGGAUAAUAAUACAGUUCCUAUACCCUCGCCUAUUCCUACAACUAUAUUACCUACAAAUCAACCCGCAUCUCCAUCAGUAUCGUCUACGGUUACACGUAUUCAUAAUGCUUUUCUUGUAGAUCCUGUGUCUGUUCUACCACUUGAUGAGGCCAUAAUUCAAGGUAUCAAUUCUGCGGCGACCGAAGAAAGAGCUAAAAAGUUUUAUUCGAGUAUACUUGUAGUUGGUGGAGGUGGGCUUAUUCCAGGAGUGAAUAAAAUGCUAGAAGAAAGGCUAUCUUCACGGCUAAUGCAAAGUACAGAUAAAUUUGAAGUUCUCACAUCACCUAGGGAUUUAGAUCCAAGAUUAUUAGCAUGGAAAGGUGGAUCCGUAAUGAGUAAAUUGGAAAUUUUGAAUGAAUUAUGGGUUAAUGCAGGGGAAUGGAACGAGUUAGGGGUUAGAUGUUUGAGAGAAAAAGCAUUUUUUAUUUGGUAA